AUGCCAAACUUUGAGGAGGAUGACGCCAUUGAUGAGGAAUUGUGCUUGAUGGAUAAAAGUUCCACCAAUUAUGAUGAGAGCAAGAAGUGCUUGGAGACCUUGACAAAUAUCAUGAAAGAGUUUGAAGAAGGCCAAAUUGCCCAACAAAGAAGGGAUCAUGAGGUUUUGAAUGCCGGGAAGUAA